CAGAGAUAUUUCUUUGCAUUUUUGUUGGACAGUGUAUUGCUGUUCAGCCAGUAAUAAAAGAACAGGAUGAUACAUUUUCCCAGAAUUUUCCAGGAUUUUUUGACAAUCUCAUGCCGUUUCCAUUUGAAAGAAAUUUUGAUUUGACUCCAUAUGACACCAUCUUCAGCUCCUGGCGAACCCGGACCCCUGACUUUCACAUGCUUGCUGAUCUACCUCAAAUCAUGAACGUUCCCAGAGUUCAGGUGUUUUGUGAUGAAUCUCGGCUGACUGUGCUGGUUGAUAAGAGAUCCUAUGGUGUCAUGCUGAAGGUAGAGGAGAUACAGCUGGGUGAUGGCUGCUAUAGCAACAGAGAGCGACCAAACCAAUUUGUCUUCACUUACAGUGUUAAUGAGUGUGGAACUACACAAGCGAUACAGAAUGGCUUGAAGGCGUUCACGAACUUGCUCCGCUUGAAUCUGAAACCUCUCUCCUGGCAGCAAACUCCUUCCACAUUGCACAUCUCCUGUAUCCCAAAAAGGUCUUAUGAUAACCCAGGCCUCUUUACGGCAAUGGCUCCCUCUGAGAGUUUCACAAGCUUUGAUAUCAAAGCCAUGAAUCCAUCCUGGACCAGUGCCACAGAGUCAAAUGUCUAUGAAAGAGGUCAGGUUGUAAACCUCAAGGUUUCUGCUAAAACCAGGCCUGAUCAGCAGCUUUUCAUCCAGUCCUGUUUUGUCUCUGCAUCCCCCGAGCCUCAGACUAAAUCUCGGCAUGCACUCAUAAUGAAUAAAGGGUGCACAACCCCGUUGGGUUCACCUCAUCCUGUCGUACACUUUGUGGCCUCCAGCAGGGGGGAUGUGGUUAAUUUAGCUCUGAACACAUCUUAUCUGAUUUCUGAGCUAUACAUCCACUGUACUGUGCUCAUCUCAGACCAGGGUGUCACCAUUGGCUCAAAAUCCUGCAACUACAAUGUUAUCCAAUCAAGGUGGGAAGAGCUAAGUGGAGAUUUCGAGGUGUGUGAGUGCUGUAGCUCAAGGUGUAAAGGCCCAUCAGUCAAACACUUUCCUGAAGCCAAGGCUACAGUCAGCACUGGUCCCUUAGUCAUUGUGGACAAGAUGAUCUCUGAGCCUGCUGUCUCUGGACCGCAAGAAACCACCCCUGUCCCUCUAACCGACUCCAUGCUUUCUGAUGCUGCAGUGUCGGACGAAACAAUCGUUUCUGGUACUUCUGUAUCAAGAAGCAAGUUCUCCUCUCCCCCACAGGGUGUAGUGGUUGUGAGUCAGGACCCAGUUGCCAGACUGACCCUCUGGCUACCUGGACAGGUGCAGGAUACUGAACACAGCAGCAAUAUUGGUUCUGAGUCCGAAGACAGUUUGACUGUUGUGUUAAAGGCGAGCGAUGUGGUAUCAACUGACCUUUCUGUGCCAAGCACAGAUCAGGAGUCUCACCUGAAUCCACCCACAAACAAGAUCAACUUCCCUCUGCCAGCUGAGAUGACUGUAAAUGACCUAAACCAGAUUGAUUUUAAUCAAACGGGAGAAGACCUGGCUCAAAUGCAAGUAGAUGCAGCUGCCAUGUCCCAAGAAGAAACAACUGAUGUCCAACCAAUAAUUCGCUCAAAAAUCCAAUUUUCCAAAGGCAUGGAUGGAUCGCAGACACUGAGUUAUGAGGAAGAAGUGGUAAAGCCCAGGCAGAAAGGGCUGCACUUAAUUUUCUUGGAUUUGUUGAGGAGGAUGGACAAGGCAGAAUAACUGCAUCUUCACUGGAUAAUUUUUAUAAUGGCACUUUAAGUGAAUAAACUUACUGCAACAAUAAAUUGAA